CAAAAAAAAGAAUUGUUUAGAUACUCUCUCCAGAAUCUGUGGAUGACGAUCCUCCUCCUCCUCCUAUGCCUAAAUGUUCUUCUUCACUGGUCACCACACAAAACCCUAGUGGGAUAGUCCAUACCUACCUGGCUGCAUCCAGCAAUCAUCAACUAUGGCGUCUGCCUCUUCCUUGCUUAGAUGGAAUCCGCCUUUCACACACACGCGACUGCGUCAGAAUCGCACCACUUUUUUCUGCUCAAAACCACCACAACGCGAAUCAAUUUCGUUCCGUUUCCAAAUCGCCGUCAAAUACAAACAAUCCGAUUCGGGUCCUUGUCAGAAUCCAUUUGACCAAAUCGCGAUUCAGAUCAAGAAAACGUUGGAUUCUCUGAAGAAACCCGCUAUAGCCGCGGUUUUGCUGGGGCUGCUUUUGUUUCAUGAUCCUAAUUCGGCCUUGGCUGCGUCCGGUGGAAGAAUCGGCGGUAACUCCUUCUCGUCACGAAGAAGUUCCUCUUCUUCUUCUUCGUCUUAUUCUGUGCCGAGAACAUUGGAUCCGAGUAGUAGUUCGAGGUACUCGGCUCCGUACUAUGGACCGUCUCCGUUGAGUGGAGGACUCUAUGUUGGCCCUGCGGUUGGAUUUGGAUUCGGAGGUGGGUUUUCGAGCUUCUCUCCGAUUCUGGUUGGUCUUGCAGCCUUUAUUGUGGUUUCUGGAUUCCUGUCAGACCGCCGUUCACAGGGGGGUUCCACUUUAACCGCUACUCAGAAGACUAGCGUCAUUAAACUACAGGUGGGGUUGCUUGGUUUGGGGAGGACCCUACAACAAGAUUUCAAUCGUCUUGCUGAAAAUGCUGAUACAUCCACUUCAGAGGGUCUCGCCUAUGUUUUAACCGAGGCAACAUUAGCUUUGCUGAGGCACCCGGACUAUUGCAUCUCUUGUUAUUCAUCAGUUGAUGUGAGACGGAGUAUAGAAGACGGAGAGAAACGAUUUAAUCAACUCUCCAUUGAAGAACGGGGGAAAUUCGAUGAGGAGACGCUUGUUAACGUGAACAGCAUUAAGAGACAAAGCUCAAAGAUUCGGACUGCUAGCGGUUUCAGCAAUGAAUAUAUUGUGGUAACCAUCUUGGUAGCUGCAGAGGGUACACAUAAACUGCAGCCAAUAAAUGGAACUGUGGAUAUGAAGGAAGCCUUACAGAAAAUUGGGUCGAUACCUAGAAACAAAAUAAUGGCAGUAGAAGUACUGUGGACACCGCAGAAUGAGAAGGACACUUUGUCAGAAAGGGAGCUACUUGAAGAUUACCCACUCUUGAGGCCUUUGUAAAUUUGACUCUCAUAAACGUCGAACCCUUCGUACUUGUUUGCCUCUCUGUCUAGUUCUGUUAUAAUAAUGCCAUGACAAAUACCAUAGCAUCAGCUUCCGGUUUGAACAAAUUUCCUGGUUUACCUGUUAUUUACUAAGUUUUGAUAUUUGCAAUAGGAUAUGUUGUAAACUUGUAAUACUAUUGAAAACAACAUUGUACAUACGAGUCGAAUAUAUUAUAUGGUAUUAAAAUGA